GUUUGUCGACUGGCACUCCUAUUCAGGAUGAAGAGAAAGUCGGGAGGAAGACCCUAAACUUGGCUGCAGAGAAAGCGAGAGGGAAGAACAUUAUCCCCUGAGCGGCGCGAAGUCUGAGCAGAGGAUCCAAGAAGGAGAUAAGGAUUAAGCUGCAGUGUUGUGCGUCUUCAUUAAUGGGAUACAAGUUUGAAAAGAAGAAAAAAGAAAAAAAACUUGAAAGUUGGAGGUUAGUGCUGUUAGGCGAUUUAUUUUGGGAUUUGGGAUUCUGGUUUCCUUCUUUCAUGUUUUGGAGAAAAGAAUUGAAUCAAACGAGUGAGUCAGAAUACUCACUCAUUUGGAACUUUUUACCCUUUGACCUCUGCAUCCAAACAUACAGUUUGCAUAGGGAAAGUUGUCUGAGCUUCAAUUUAUUUGUUUGCAAAUGAGAAGAAAGGACUGCAGAAGCCAGAAGGAGCCAGAGGGGAUUCAAGAAUUUAAAGGAUCUGACUUCCUGAAUCAUGACCUCUGAACACUUUCAAGUCCUUCUCCUCCUGCUGUUCUGCGUCCUCCACAGCUCUGAGCAGACCUGCCCUUCUAAAUGCCUCUGCAUGUCUGACACAGUGAGAUGUAGCUCUGUUGGUCUGCACAAACUCCCUCAAUCCCUGCCCUCCUUUCCCGCCAACCUUGACUUCAGCCACAACCACAUCACCUGGCUGGAUCCGGACACCUUAACCAAGACGCCCAGACUAGAAAAGCUCUGGAUGGCCCACAAUGAAAUCCGUACAUUGAGUCAUAACUUGUUUCGUAAUGUGUCUGGCCUCAGACUGCUGGACCUGUCCUCCAACAGGCUUCAGAUGGUGGAGCAACACUACUUCCAUGGGCUAUGGAGGCUGGAGGAGCUCCGUCUCUUUAACAAUAGGAUCACACUAGUGGAGGGCAGCUCACUGAGCGGUCUGAGCAGCUUGAAAAAGGUUUACUUUAGCUUCAACCAGAUCACACACUUCCCAUUUUUCUCCAUCCAGGAUCACACUCACCCUUUUCUGGCUAUGCUGGACCUGUCAUCCAACCGGAUGUCGAGUCUGCCGUGGGAGGAUGUGAAAGCUUUGCCACAGUUGGUGCAGCAGGGGCUGUACACUCACAACAACUCGCUUAUCUGCGACUGCUCCAUGUAUGCCAUGUUUUGGCACUGGAACCUGAGUGAAUAUAACUCGAUCAAAGACUUUACGGAUGAGCACACCUGCAACGUUAAUGGGGACCCUCGUAGAUCCAUCCGGUUCUUUCGUGACAAGCGUUUCUUCCGGAACUGCACUGUAGAAAAAUCCAUCAUGCAGCCUGUGACGGUUCUCCUCUCCUACGUGGUGGUCUUCGAGGGUGACAGGGUGCGUCUGGACUGCCAAACAUCCCUUAGCAGCACAAACCUCUCAUUUACAUGGCUUUCCCCAAGUAAGGGCUUCAUCACCCAAAGCAGCAUGAAUGACACACUUAUUAGCAUGCUUCCCAAUGGCACCUUGGAGAUACACGCAACCACGAUCAAUGACUCGGGUGUGUAUCUUUGCACCGCUGUGGACAUCAAACAGGCAUUGAAUGCAACACGUGCGGUGAAUGUGACCGUGCUGUUGCCAACAGCAGAGCCGUUCAACACUGGUUACACAACACUGCUAGGCUGCAUGGUGACUUUGGCCCUCAUCCUCACGUACCUCUUCCUGACUCCAUGUCGCUGCAGCUUCUGCAAACAGCCUCCAGCGCACUCCAACCAAGGCACCUUGUCGUGCAUUUUCUCAUCUUUUACGAGAGAACAACCCAACACUGACACCUUGAAGCAUGUGGCCUUCAUGGAGCAUCCAAUGGGCGAAGAAAGGAUAGAAUGGAUACCUCAAAGCUGAGGAGAGGCCAUGUUCUUUGGUUAGUUUGUCAGUAGAAACAGAGAUUUGGUUGAUCGUAUUGUUUGGAAGAGUUGAGAUGUCAUCUGAGUGUAAAUGCAGUAAGGAAAAACAAGCUCUAAUGUCUCUUUUUCAUCUUCAAGAGGG